AUGUCGUCCUACAAGAAAACGUCCCCAAAGACUGUGGUCAAAACAGAGGAGCCUGAUGACGACUCCUUCCACCCGGACCAGUCGUCCAGCACUGUGGUUAAAAGAGAACCAGAGUCGGAUGAUGACUUCGACGAGUUCCCUGCAGGAGCUACUCCUUUCACCAGAGAACAAUUGCUUUCUCGUAUGGACGCAAGGAAGCAUGGGCUACAGAUUGACAUGGACGAAAGCUCAAGAGACUCUUUUGACGACAUCGUGGCUACUCCAAGGGAGCAGCAGGCUGGACCUUCGACCACCAGGACACCACCACAUCACCAAGAACUGCUGGAAAACACGGUUAUUCCGGAGAUUAAGCGAUUCAUCGCGGAUCAGGAGGCGGUGAGCUUGACAAGCUCCAUAACCACAACUGGAGCAAAAACGGAACUGAAGUUUACACUCGUCAAGACGCCGACCAAAAGACCCGCUGCGGAACCAGAUCAAGGAUCAGGAUCGUCACAACUGCAAGCCGGAAGCAGUAACAACUUCAGACGGAGUCGAGGAGUUUCACCUCCAGAGGAACUCGAAACAUCUCGAGAAGAGCCUGAUGACCAAAAUCAAACCCCCAAAAAAAAGGCUGCUCAAGUGCCGGACGUGAAUGCGACGCCCUCUCCCGCUAAGCGCUUGAGAACGCUUAACUUGAACGUCUCCGAGUCUGAGGAAGAAGAAGAAGAAUUGGAGGAGGAAGACGAAGAGGAGGAGUCUAGUCAAGAAACGGAUGAAACGGAUCCCGAUUAUAUGCCAGAUACACAAGAACAAAGGGACCGUCCGGCAGAUUUCAGGAUACCGAAGAAUGCUCCAGCCGAUCCAUUGGACCUGGACUACUAA